AUGUAUACGGCCAUAGGGUUGGCUUUUGGUCUGAUAGUCUGGUAUGCGACACCAAAUCCCAGGAAAUGGUUCGGUGGAGUCGUUGCUGCUGGAGGAUUCAAUAACUCUUCAGACCUUCCUAUUGCUUAUAUCACCACUUUAGCUAGCAGUAGCCUGUUUCCAGCUGGUUCUGCUCAACAAGGCACUGCCUAUGCUGUUAUUUUUGUGGUUGUUUUCAUUAUUUGCAUGUUCAAUCUUGGAGGAGUGUCUUUGAUUGGGUCGGAUUUCAAGUAUAGAGUACACGACCCAGAGGCCGACGAGGUAACGACUCCUAUAAUCAGUGUGGAUGGUGUGAGAAGAGGAGCUAGAGCUAUUCGUAGCUGGAGAAAUAGAAACCAUACCAUUGGAAAUGGCGAUGUUUCAUUACAGGAUAUUAAUAGUACGGCAACUGAGCCUACAAUACGGAUGGGUGAAGGUAUUGAAGAUGAUGACUAUGAAAAUGCCGUUGCAAGCGAUGAUGAGUCUGGUCUUCCACAGAGAUAUACUGCCGACCAUGACGAGUAUGAAAAGAGAACACACCGACCAUCGAGGAAAUCUGAGAGCAGUUUUAGUAGAGUUAUGAGUGAUCCAAGGUACGGAGAAUCGAUCUAUUUGCGUACUCGCUCGGAUUCCAUAUCUGUGGCUCCCGGUGCUGCAACCACUGUGGGUUACAGAAGACCAGCUAGAUUAUCAAGGCUUUCUGGUACAGCAGGUGACAUUAGACCAACUAAUAGUUUACCUGAUGCUUCGGAAUCUGAAAACUUACAAGAUGUCAUUUUGUCAUAUAGUGCUGUUCGAGAGUUGCAAACUUUAGGAGGCACCGAAGAAUCAUGCUCUGCGAAUCCCGUCAGUAAUACUUCUACAGGCACAACUACAGAUGCUUCACCUUUGCCAUCUAAAAAUCGGACUGAAAAUGAGUCAAAAGAUUGUGAAUCGGUUUCACCAAACGAGACAGAUGUGCAACCGCCCAAACCCAAAUUUUACAGCUAUUUGAAGGUGUUUUUAGCGAAUUUCCUGCGACCCAUUAGCAUGUCGUUAUUUCUUUCGUUGGCUGUCUCAAUGGCUCCACCGUUACGAAGGUUGUUUUAUAUCGAUGCUGAUAACAAAAAUCCUGAUCAGUUCAAUAUUCCAUAUGCACCAGAUAACCAGCCAGUCCUAGAUUUUGUAAUGGAUUUCACUUCAUUCGUCGGAAACGCAUGUGUUCCAUUAGGACUUUCAAUGUUGGGUGCCACCAUUGCGAGACUUGAGGUAAAGCAGUUUCCCAAAGGAUUCUGGAAAAGUAUGGCAUUAAUGUCAGUGCUAAAACUCGUGGUGUUGCCAAUCAUUUCGGUCCUCUGGGUGAAAAAGUUACUUGCUCUAAAUUGGAUUGACGAAGAUAACACAAUGGCCAUUUUCGUGAUGAUAGUCACGGCAGGAGUUCCAACCGCAACGAGCCAGCUUUAUAUCACGGCAAUGUUCACCCCACCCGGAGAAAGCCAUAUCCAAAUAGAUUGUCUGGCAGCGUACCUCAUCUGUCAGUACUCUUUUCUGGUUUUCACUUUAAGCAUACUUGUUACGUACACGCUGAAAAACGUAGUCUCGGUCUAA